GCUAGCUCGUCGCUGUGAGUGUGCCCUUCACUUUCGUUGAGUUUUUGCCUGCCUUCUGAGCCACUCAGCCGACAAUUGCUAUUUAUCUGUCCUACCUGCCCGUCCUACUGCCUUCUUUCCUACCGCAACAUCACCUUUUCUCUACAGCAACAGCCUUUGACUUCAGUCCUCUUUUCCAGGUAAGAUUCCUUCCAGAUGUUCCUCACUUUGCAGCACCCGACACGAGAUCAUUCCCUCAGGUUCAGUCAUUUCCGUUCUACCUACCUAGGCACCAACCUAUCGCCCCCCAGUUUAUCCGAUUAAACUGUACGGGUCCCGAUAAAGUGCUGCGAUAAACCCCACACUAAGAUUUCCCCCCACUUUUUUCCCAUUUUUGCAAGUCAAAGCAAGCCCUCUAAUCCAGGACAAAAUUCCCACCCGGACAUUGGAAACUUCAAUUGCCACCUACACCUCCUCUCCCUUUACUGACCCAUCAACAACAACGUCUUGACAGACUCUCAAUACCCAACUUCGAAUCUUCGAUACACACCCCCCAAACCAACAUCAAAAUGGACUCCUUCGCUGCUCCCCAGGGCACUCGUGCCUGCUUCACUUGCGGCCAGACUACCCACCAGGCCCGUGACUGCCCCAACAAGGGCGCUGCUAAGUGCUACAACUGCGGCAACGAGGGUCACAUGAGCCGUGACUGCCCCGAGGGCCCCAAGGACAACGCCCGUACCUGCUACCGUUGCGGCCAGACCGGCCACAUCAGCCGUGACUGCUCCCAGUCCGGCGGCGGCCAGUCCUCCGGCGCUGAGUGCUACAAGUGCGGCGAGGUCGGCCACAUUGCCCGCAACUGCUCCAAGGGCGGUGCUUCCUACGGCGGCGGCUACCAGAACUCCGGCUACGGCGGUGGCUUCGGUGGUCCCCAGAAGACCUGCUACUCUUGCGGUGGCAUUGGCCACAUGUCUCGCGACUGUGUCAACGGCUCCAAGUGCUACAACUGCGGCGAGUCUGGCCACUUCUCCCGUGACUGCCCCAAGGACUCCGGCUCCGGUGAGAAGAUCUGCUACAAGUGCCAGCAGCCUGGCCACGUUCAGUCCCAGUGCCCCAGCGCUUAAAUGCGCCAUGAUCGCCAGGUAACACCAACUACCUUUGGCGGCCUCGCUCAUUUGCUGUCUUACCAACCCUGACCUUGCUCACUUCUCAUCACCGAGAUGAAGAAGCAAGCGGGGCCGGCGAUGGACAGCUUUUACUGGGGGUGAUGACAUGGUGCUGCGUUUUUGCGUUGCCUUUCUGAGGAACUUUUCAGUCCACGGGGUCGUUCUGCUGGUGUUCACUGGUAUCUGGAUAUCCGCUGCUUGGGACUUCUUUUCACGGCGGGUCUCUUACACUUUUCUUAAUUUCUUUCACCUUUGCAUUUUACGCGACACAAAACAUCAUGAUGAUCCGACAACCACUGGGGAGAUUGGGAAAGCAAAAAGGUCUUUUCACCAAAAUUGGCGUCUGGACGGCCAGGGGUUACCUCUUCAACCAACCAUACCGUAUGGGUCUUUCUACGACAAAAAGGGCUUGUGCAACAGGGGCGGGGCCAUUGCACCGACAAACAUCUUGCGGGUUUCUGUUUUUUCUUCACAUAUGGAACUUGAAUGGGAAGGGAGCUAUCUUCAUUCUGUGAACGGGCAUGAGGACAUCAUAAUUAUCCGAGAUCUCAGGGGAAAGCAAAAUCGUAUGGGGACUCAAUAGGUCAACGAAUAAAAAGCGCCGAAAGGCCGUGGUGUGCGAUGCGAGCGUAAUGCAUCGAUGAUGAAACAAA